AUGUUUUUCCCCAUUGUAAUAGUAUUUUUAUUUGUGUUACUUUUAACAGUGUUUUUGUAUGAUCACUGCAAUAGGUCGAGAAGACUUGCUUCUAAAAUACCAGGCCCCAAAGCUUUCCCUAUAAUAGGCAACUCUUUUCACUUUUUACGUCCACCAGUUGAGCUUUUCAAAUUUAUACAGAGUUUGUCUAUCGAUUAUGGUGUUGUGUUCAGUUUGUACGCCAUCAACGGUCGAGUUAUAGGAGUGGCAGCGCCAGAAUUAAUUGAGACUAUUUUAUCGUCAGUUCAAUACAAUGGGAAAAGGUUACCAUAUAUCUUUCUUAAGCCUUGGCUAAGCGAAGGAUUACUAGUUAGCAACGGACAAAAGUGGCAACAGCGGCGCAAGUUAUUAACUCAAGCAUUCCAUUUUAAUAUUUUGAAAAAAUAUGCUAGAACUUUUACAGAAAAAACAGAAGAGUUUUUGGCUUUAGUGCAAGAAAAAGUUGGUGAAGCAAAAACUGAUGUAGCACCUUUGGUCACAUUUGCAACAUUACAUAUAAUGUGUGAAACUGCAAUGGGCACUACAAUGCAAGAUGAUAUUGACACUAUAGCUAACAAGUAUUUAAAGGCAAUAGAAAUUCUAGGAAAUUCUGUAGUGCAUAGAAUGGUCAGAAUUUGGUUACAUUUUGACAGUAUUUUUAAAUGGUCAACCAUGGCAAAAGUCCAAAAGAAAGCUUUAGAAGACCUACAUGUGUUUACAACUCGGAUAAUUAGAGAACGGCGAAAUUUCUUAAAAGUUAACAAUAUAAAUGUUUUUAAUGAUGCCGAUGAUGACUACGGAAAGAAAGGAAAAUUAGGAAUGUUAGAUUUGCUUUUAGAAAAUGAAAAAUUAGGAAAAAUCGACUGUGAAGGCAUUAGAGAAGAAGUAGAUACAUUUAUGUUUGAGGGGCAUGAUACAACUGCGACGGCUUUAUCCUUCAUGUUAAUGGCGAUUGCCAAUGAGUCUACAGUCCAAGACAAAAUCUAUCAAGAAAUGCAUAGCAUCUUUGGUGACUCGCAACGACUACCAACGCUAGAAGAUCUGAGCGGAAUGAAAUACUUAGAGCUGUGUAUAAAGGAAUCCUUGAGGCUAUAUCCUAGUGUACCAAUAAUUCAAAGGCACGUUAAUGAAGAAACAACUUUGGGUAAUUAUACAAUUCCUGCAGAUUCUGACUUCUGUUUACCAAUAUAUGCUCUGCAUCACUGCGAAGAUAUUUACCCGGAUGCUGAGCAGUUUAUACCUGAAAGAUUCCUUCCCGAAAACUGUGAAAAGCGUCAUGCUUUCGCAUAUUUACCUUUUAGUGCUGGACCCAGGAACUGUAUAGGACAAAAGUUUGCUAUGCUGGAAAUGAAGACCGUAGUAUCUAGUUUGAUACGACGUUUUCGUCUCGAACCAGUGACCAAGCCAUCUGAUCUGACCUUCAAGCCGAUUCCGGCCACGGCGGCCAAUCUCAUUGAGAUUAGCCAACUGCGCAGGAGAUAUUAUAGUGCUCAAGUGUACGCGCAGACACAAGUGCACUCUCUAUUCCUAUCACUCUCAUACUCCGGUGGGACGACUGCUCGACACGACCAG